ACGGGGCGGGGCGGCGGCGCCGGAGGAGCGAGCGGGAGGGCGGCCGGAGGCCCAUGUGGAGCGGGCGCGGGAGUGAAAGGCUGCGCUGCCCGGGCAGAGCAGAGCGAAGGAGGAGCCGCACCACCGGGCGCUCUACGCCGCCGGCACCAAUACUGGCCAGGCCGCGACCGCACCAUGAAGGGUAGCCGGAUUGAGCUGGGAGAUGUGACACCACACAACAUUAAGCAGCUGAAGAGGCUAAACCAGGUCAUUUUUCCUGUCAGCUACAAUGACAAGUUCUACAAGGAUGUACUGGAGGUUGGCGAACUAGCCAAAUUAGCCUAUUUCAAUGAUAUUGCAGUGGGAGCAGUGUGCUGUAGGGUGGAUCAUUCCCAGAACCAGAAGAGGCUGUACAUCAUGACACUUGGAUGCCUGGCACCCUACCGGAGGCUAGGAAUAGGAACGAAAAUGUUGAAUCAUGUCUUAAACAUUUGUGAAAAAGACGGCACUUUUGACAACAUCUAUCUGCAUGUCCAGAUCAGCAACGAGUCUGCAAUUGACUUCUACAGGAAGUUUGGCUUUGAGAUCAUUGAGACGAAGAAGAACUACUACAAGCGGAUAGAGCCGGCAGACGCUCACGUGCUGCAGAAGAACCUCAAGGCGCCCUGUCUCGGCCAGAACGCAGACCUGCAGAAGACCGACAACUGAGCGAAGCCCCAGCGGACACUUUCUUGCACUUGCUUGUCGCCAAAUAAGGAAAGAGAGGCCUCUUGACUUCUUCCUUUUCUUCUUCUUGUACUCCACCCCUUCAUCUUCUGUGCUUUUGGUUUUAUUUCUUUACCUCUCUCCAACAACCUGAUGCUUCUUCCAAGGAUUGUCCAGUCGUGGUUGGGGUUUUUGGUUGUUUUUAACCAAAUUCUUUCUGUUUUCUUUGUGACUUUUUUGUUUCAUUUUGGGCCUUUUUUGUUUCUGAUGGGGUGGGAAAAGGUGUGCAGAUGACUUUUUAAGUGUGAGGUGUGGAGGGCUUGAGCCAGGUUAUCCUGAUGACAAGCUUCCUUCAGAGUUAUCUCUUUCAGUAAGCAGAAUGUAAAUUCAAUGGGGGGGGGGGAAAAGGAAAAGCAAUAUCUUGUCCUUUGACUCCUACAUUAUUGUCUUUUUUAUAACCUACAGGGUACUUUACCCCCCCCCCACCUUUUGAAUGUUACUUCAGUACUCUUCCUUUUAAUUCCCCUGCCUCAAGGAAGUAUGUUUAGUUCUUUCCGAUGUUUUUGACUAUGGCUUUUUCCUCUGUCUUUUGCUGAAAAGGGUGGACUACUUUACCAUGCCUUUUCACUUUGCCUGGGCUGACCUUUCUAAAUGCUUUUUUUUCAAUACUCCUCACCCGAGCUGGUGCUACACUUCUAAACUGACUGAGAGGAGGGUUUAGAGUGGUCUUCGUUUUUUCUUUUUCAUUUACCCAACUCCCAGCAGACUUCUACCAGAGUAAGAGCUAGAUCAGGUUUUGGCAUGAGUAACGUAAAAAUAGGAAUCCUGAGGCAGGAUCUUCCCUUGAAAAAUGGGUAAAAUGUUGUAGGGCUCAUCAGGAGGUAGUUUUUUUUUAGGUGUGUUGGGGUAGAAAAAGUGACUGUGACCACCUCACAAGUGUUGAUUACAGAAGGCAAGCACCCAUCUCCAGAUAAAUUCAUAACAGCUACUAAAUCUCGUGACCCAUCUGAGAUGAGGCAAGGGCUGAGGAAACCAGGAAGCAAGGCUGAGGUGGCAAAUAUGAAUUUUACACCUAAUCACAUAGCUUUGCAGGGGUCUCCUGGAUUUGCUUGGGAUUUGCUUUGAUUUGCUGUGUUUUUGUGCUCCUUUGGGAGGCCGUGGUGAAGAACUGCACAGUUUGUUCUUUUUGAAGAUUACUUUCCCCUUUCCUCAUUCAAUGGUAAUAAUGCAGUUCUCAUCUCAUGAGAGGAUGUCCAUGGAGCACCAGAGAAAGUGGAAUAUAUUAGAGCAUUUUAUAGGUUUGGAAAAUAGGCUGACUGGCUGCUUCCUGGUACUGUAACCUCAAAGCAACAGUAAACUCUACUAAGCUCUGCUUUGCAUCCUUUCAUGCUUCGUUUGCAUGAAUAUCAGUGCUCCUUUCUGUGCACUGUUGACAGCAAUGUUUUUAUAUAUGCCAAUACAAAUACCAACUUGAGCUUGGACUCUUCUCCAAGCACCUGGGAAAGUGCACUGAGCUGAGACAACACCAAGCUGCCCCAUCCCCCAAGUGAAUACUGAACUGCAUUCCUUUCCUGCUUUGUUUUUUGAAGUUUAAUCUGCAUCUUGAAUUCAUCUGCAUUUAAAGCCUCCAACCUCUAGCGCACUGCAGCAUACAUCUGGUUAGUAGGUGCUGUUCAGUCAUUUGAGGGCGACUCGGGAACCAAGGAUUUCAAGAUGGGAGUUGUGAUGAGGCAAGUGGUGGCACCCCUCAUUGCACAUUAGGUGGUCUUUGAUACCCGAGGGGUGACUAAAUGAGCUGCUCCAGAAUUACUCCUCCUUACCCAGAAAUGCGUAGUGUUCGUUGGAGUGCACCUUGACAGACCUAUGCUGAGAAACAGCUACUUUAUUUGCUGGGUUUGCACUAAUUGAGUCUUGGAGAUGGGCAGAUCAUUAACAGCAAAAGCCCUUCUGCGUGGCCUGAGCACCUGUGUUGGCAACAUUCAGUGGCAGACUCUGGCUAGAAAGGUGCAAACGGUUUCCUCAGCCAGAGGCAGCCUAGUUUUGACAAAAGCUUGGUUUUGGUACUGCUAGGACCUGCUCAUGCUGGUUAUGUUGUCAGUUCCAGCAUCCUCCUAGAAGGGGGAUGUGUUGAAGCACAAUUAGCUUGUCGUAUGCCAACAUAGUUUCCCUGGCCAUUUGUAGACCAAGAGAAGUAUAUGGAGGGAGAGAGAGAUAGUAUUUGUAUUUGAGGAUGUUCAUGCAGCACAGCUGUAGUUCAGACCAUAGCUGCCUCUGGUGCCAAGCAAAGUGCUCUUCAUUUCUUCUAGAACUAAGUGGUAAAUGUUUGGGUUGGGUAGAUGGGUGUGGGGAUAUGAACUCUUAGGAUUUGCUGUUGUCGUAGGCUUCCACAAAUUGGUGUGUUUCACAGACAAUUUUCAGGUUAAAAAGUACAAGUCUGAUGUCUGAACUUAUUUGGAUUAACCUUUGUUUCUGUUGUUUGUUUUCUUUUUGCUUUGGGCCGCCAUCAUUCUAUGAAUGUAUCCCUGAAAACAGUUCUUAAAGCUCCUGUUCCACAGCAAACCUGCCUCGUUGUAACUUCUGGUAAAAUGUUUUGUAGGGGGUGGAAGAGAGUCACCACAAAUCUGAGACUCUUUUUCCCAGGCUAUUCAUCCUGGAGAACGGUUGCUGAAUUCCACGUUUAAUCUACAUCUUGUAGAAAGUUCUGUUCCCUGUACAUGGACGAGAGACAGUGAAGGACAGUAGUUCCAGGUGACAAAAGUUGUAUAUUAUUCAUAUGUCAGCUGCGAGCGUGGGAGGAGAAUGCUGUACCUUGGUGCUGUGCUUCCCCAGAGAUGCGGACAUUGUGUGAAGCAUGAAGUUAAUGCAGAGAACUUCAGCUACUUUUGGUUGCUGCUUCAGCAGGACCUCCUUUUAGCUUAGAAAUACCAGCUUAUGAACAACUAUUUUUUUGUUUAAAGUUGAGAGCUUCAGUGUGGGGAAAAAAACAACAAACCAGCCCCAAAACACCAGUUAUCACUUCCUGUUCUGGAUGAAGAACUAGUAAGAAAACUGUAUGCAACUGACAGGUUUAGAGUUUAAAUUGUGUAUAUAAGAUUUAUUCCUGAAUCUCUGCAACUUGUUUGGUUUUGGCUUUUUUACUCAUAUAGAGGUUAAGGUGUGAAGAUUCAGAAGUACCCCUACUAGAGGAAAUGAUGGUAUGUAGGAGGGAAAAUCAUCCAGGAAAGGGAUCUCUCAUUUUCAGGAAGGGGAAGGGAGAGAAUUUAUUUUGUGUAUACAGAAACUGGCUGAGUUUACAUGAUGCAGCUAAUGGCUAAACCUGCCAAUUGAGUAUGACGUACAGUUACAAUUGAAACAAAUUCAUGUGCUGUUUCAUUAAGUCUUGAUGGUGCCCUGUGUCUUGUAAAAAAUUGGUCUUUGCAAAUUGUUUCAUCCCCCCCACAUGUUGUAAUCCAGCGUCAGCUGCUAUGCACAAAGUCUGUAUUCUGUAAAGUGUUCGCUGACUUGGAUGUUUCUUUUGAAUCUGCAGCUGCUUCCUGAUCAAUUUGGCUAAGACCACCCCUGGUCUCUUGAGUUAAGAUUUAGUCAAAGGUAUGCUGUAUGCAGUUCACAGGUGCACUCUCAAUGUUCUAAAUUUAUGUGCAGGGGGAGCAAAUUCUUUACAAUGAGAUGGUCCGUUUUCAAUCUCUGUCAUUGCCCUUGUUGUACAUCAGGAGCAUGUUUUUGUUUUUCUCAAUCUCUUUAGAAAUACUGUUCAGAAUAAACGUGCACUAUUUGAGUUAUGUCA